AUGGAGCCGUGGGUGAUGCUGGACCCGCGGCAGAAGGCUCUGUACCGGGACGUGAUGCAGGAGAGCUACGAAACGCUGAUGUCCCUUGCAGCCCAGGGGCUGGUGAGUGAAAAAGCAGCGGAGGAAGGAGCGGCGGCGGAGAGCUGCGAGGAGCUCGAAGCGCGUUCAUCCCACAGCCCGGAGAGGGAGAAGACCCUCGGCUCAAACAGGCGGAAAACGAAGCGCCCGGAUAAAGCC